AUGGCUGACGGACCCAGCAGUCAGAUCUCGCGUCGUGCACAACGGCGGAAGAAGCACCUGCGACCAAAAUCGGCUCAGGCCUACGAAGAAUGGAAAUCAAAACAUUCGCAAACUGCCAAUGCGUGGCUUUCGAAGCUUAAGAAUCAUCUUGACGUUCCAACGCUUGAAGUCCGCGUCAUGCAGUUGCUCUCUGGCCAUGUAGAAAUUUCAAAUGAGAAGAAAAUGUCUGACGGCACGGGGUGUCUGGAAGAGAGGAUCUUGGACCACGCAGCUCUAGUCCAACGGCAAUCCAAGCUCGCUAAAGCCGCGAAAAAGGAAUUCUGGAAGCAGAAAACGAGAUCGGAGAUUGAGAUGAGGAUUGAGAUUGGGAGCAAGAGCAAGAGUAACUCUUUCCCAUUUCCGAAGCUUCCACCUGAGUUGAGGGACAUGGUUUACAAAGUGGUAUUCGAAGAAACAAGUGGGAUGAAGCCUACUCUGUUGUGGGCCUUGCAAGACUACAAUAAGCUGUAUCCAGAAGCAAGGAAAGCUUGGUGUGGGACGAAUGAUUUCAGAUUCUCGUUGUUGGAGAGUAAGGCGAAUACAAGGGACGGGCUAGAGGAGAAAGAGAUGGAGUUGCUGAAGAAGGCCACUGCUCUUGUCUCAAAAGAUAUCCAAGCGUGUAGCAAGCUAUCGUUGGUCGUGUUGAGAGCCCAGAACCUGGAAUGCCUCACGCUGGAAGUGGCUUCAAAAGUCGGCUUUGUGCUCACGAUUCAUAACAUCAUCCCGAAUCUGAAGAAGCUCAAGAAAAUCACCCUCCGUUUGAGUUGUGGCAAGACGAGAAAAGAGAGGAUGAAGGAUUGGACGACAUGGAUGGUUGGUCAUACUUACCCUGAUUUGUUUCGAAACACAGUAGAGACCAGGAAAAUGCUCGAUACGAUGUUAGGGAAGGAAGGAAAGCUUAUAGAGAGUGAGAGUAAGCCUUGGAUGCAGAUCUGGGUUUGGGAGGUGAAAGGCAAAGACGAGGUGUUUCGCCCAAAAAAGACGAAGACACAUAUAAAGUUUGAUUAA